GGGGAGUGUCCGCACGGCGACAGCCCUGGGAGCCCGAGCCAGAGCGAAACCAGCGCCGGCGCUGACAUGGGCCGACUGCCCCGGCCGCGCGCGGAGCCCAGCCAGCCUCUGAGAGCGCAGCGGUGCCCGCGCGGCGCUCGCGUCUCUGGGGACCAAGCCCUAUGAGCUCUUCCUGAUCGCCCCUCCACCUGCCCGCCUUCAGAUCUGACCCCAGACCUGCCUGCUGCCUCCCCUCCCUCCAGGCAAGAUGCCCAUCCUCAAGCAGCUGGUGUCCAGCUCCGUGCACUCCAAGCGCCGUUCCCGAGUGGACCUGACGGCCGAGAUGAUCAGCGCCCCGCUGGGCGACUUCCGCCACACCAUGCACGUGGGCCGGGCAGGGGACGCUUUUGGGGACACCUCCUUCCUCAACAGCAAGGCUGGCGAGCUGGAGGGUGAGUCCCAGGAUGAGCAAGCCGCCUCCUCGUCCUCCAAACGCGGCCUCCUGUCCCGGAAGUUUCGGAGCAGCAAGCGGUCACAGUCGGUGACCAGGGGGGACCGGGAGCAGAGGGACAUGCUGGGCUCCCUGCGGGACUCAGCCCUGUUUGUCAAGAACGCCAUGUCCCUGCCCCAGCUGAAUGAGAAGGAGGCCGCAGAGAAGGGCUCCAGCAAGCUGCCCAAGAGCCUGUCGUCCAGCCCCGUGAAGAAGGCCAACGGCGGGGAGGGGGACCACCAGGCCGCGGGGGUGGGGGAGGUGCCCCGGAGGAAUGGGGCGAGCGCCCCCCACUCCCCCGACCCCCUCCUGGAUGAGCAGGCCUUCGGGGACCUGACGGAUCUGCCCGUCGUGCCCAAGGCCAGCUUUGGGCUGAAGCAUGCGGAGUCCAUCAUGUCCUUCCACAUCGACCUGGGGCCGUCCAUGCUGGGCGAUGUCCUCAGCAUCAUGGACAAGGAGGAGUGGGAACCGGAGGAGGAGGACGGCGGUUACCGUGGCAGCGAGGACCCAGGCAGUCUCUCCCAGGCUCCCCCUUCAGGGGCGGCGGCCCCUCCCUUGGCCAGGCAGGAAGGCAAGGCCGGCAGGGACUCGCCCCCGCCGUCCUCACAGGCUCUGCAGGACGAGGGGUGGGGGGCCGCGGCCCCCAGCCCUGGCUCCGCCCGCAGCGUGGGCAGCCACACCACGCGGGACAGCAGCUCCCUGUCCAGCUGCACCUCGGGCGUCCUGGAGGAGCGCAGCCCUGCCUUCCGGGGGCCAGACAGGGCCCGGGGCCCUCCCCCCCGGCAGCAGGACAAGGAGUUCUCAUUCAUGGACGAGGAAGAGGAGGAUGAGAUCCGAGUGUGAGGCGGGGGGAGGGGGCAGCUCCACGCUCUUGGCUUCGUCUCCCUGCCCCUGGCCCUCCACCACCUUCCCCUGUCCCCUUCCCGUCCAGGGGCACCCGAGAGUCUGGCUUUGGCCACAGGCCCUGGACCUUGUGGGUGAGGGGCGCUGGCUGAGCCUGGGGCCCCGCGGGGGACUGGGCAGCUGGCCUGGGUGCCGACUGCGCGUCUGACUCUGUCACACACCGUGGCCUCCCCAGCUCUAUGGGACGGGGCUGUGUUCUCACAGCAGCAGUCAGUUUCCUUUCCCGGCCUCAGAUGGAUGCCAGAUGUCCACCUGAGUUCCUGCCUCGCCUCGCGCGGCAGAGGCGGCCUCGGUGCCAGGGCUGAGGACGCCCAGCUCUCCUUUUCCUCCCUGGCAUCUCUGCUGUGACCCUCGUAAAUGGGUGUGACAGGAAGAAGGGGGUGGUCACGGGUCCCCGCCCCUUCCUCCCCCCUGCCUGGCUCCUCUGCACCUGAAGCCUGGAGCCCCUUAGAGUAAAGCUAGACCCAAUGCGUACACUAAACAAGGCACAGGCACUAAACAAGGCCCCGGGGCCGCUUAAAUCUUCGAGCAGGAGCCCUUCCCCAUGACACUAGGUGCAGGCUGUGGCAGUCGCUCAGCCUCUCUGAGUUUGUUCGUUCUUCUUACGUUUAAACCCUUCUAGAGCGGUAUCUGGAACAGAGUUAGGUCUGCCACCGGCAGGAACAUCGAGUCCUUUUAGAAAUCCUUUAUACUAAGUGCUUCAGACUUUAUUUAGAGUUGUGUGGGGUGGGCGUCUGUGUGUAGUCCCCCCGCCCCACCCCCAUAGCUACUAAAACUCAAGGCGGCCAGUGUAGAAUAUUUCUGGAAAAUGACUUUUUGAAAAGUAAUAUAUCUUUCCUAUGGGAGAUCCAAGCUUUUGUUUUAACUGGGUUAUUUCCUCCUCACCCCCUUCCCCUGCUGACUCCUUCCCCUUCCUUUCUCAGGCCCCUCUGCCAGCUCAGCCCCCUCCCUGACUCCCCGAGGCCCAGGCCCUGAGGCUACAGGUAUAGGAUUGCCAGGAUUUAGCAACAAAACAGAAGGAAAACCCGGGAUGUUGAGUGAAAUCUGAAUUUCAGGCGUACAAAGGAUAAGUUAUAGUGUGAGUACUCCCCCCACGUCUGGUGGGAACAUACCUUAUGCUAAAAUACUAUUUGUUGUUCUUGUGAAAUUCAGAUUUCACUGUGUCCUAUAACCACGCCCCAGGGGACCGAGUUAGGAGCUUGGCUGCGAGCCCCAGGGUUAACUGAUGAUUAUUUUUCUGUCCUGGGAGCAGCCGGCCCCUCUCCUCCUGUCCUUUCGUAGCUUUUGCUGGGAAGGACGGACUAGCGCAGGGUCUGGCGGGCAGGUGGGCGUGGCCGCUCCAGCCUCUUGUUUUCUGCUGGAUCCUGACUCAGACACUAACUUAGUUCCCGAUUCGGGGGCCCCAUGGGUGCUUGUUUCCACAGUGGGGGAGGGGACAAAGGGGUGGUGCAGCCCCCGCCAGCUGCCCUGAGAACCUAUCUGGACGGUGGUCAGUCAGUUCCAGAUUCUAAACUGGUAUUUUUUUUUUUUCAUGAUAUUGUUAAAACAGUGAGAAAACAUUAAAAAAAGCCUUAUGGCA